ACGGCAAUGAUUUUUUUCUCGUGCUUCUCAUCUCAUCCUCAGUUUCAAACAGUUUCUCUUCAUUGUUAGAUCUCAUCUAAACUUACAUUCACCGGCGACUCCACCUGGCUCCGCCGUCCACGGAAGUUCCGGCCGCCACCUUUCGCUUCCUCACUCUCUCCCUCCCUCUCUCCUUCUUAACAGAAAUAUGCCUGCUCAGAAGGUUGAAACGGGUCAUCAAGACACAGUCCAUGAUGUUGCAAUGGAUUACUAUGGUAAGAGGCUGGCUACGGCUUCAUCAGAUCACACAAUUAAGAUAAUUGGGGUUAGCAACACGGCCUCUCAGCAUCUAGCAACUCUAACUGGUCACCAAGGACCUGUUUGGCAGGUCGUAUGGGCUCACCCGAAAUUUGGUUCUCUACUCGCUUCGUGUUCCUAUGAUGGGCGGGUCAUUGUUUGGAAGGAGGGUAACCAAAACGAAUGGACUCAAGCUCAUGUCUUUGAUGACCACAAGUCAUCUGUGAAUUCAGUUGCUUGGGCACCUCACGAGUUGGGUCUUUGCUUGGCUUGUGGUUCAUCUGAUGGGAAUAUAUCUAUUCUCACUGCAAGAGCAGAUGGUGGCUGGGACACCUCGAGGAUUGAUCAAGCUCACCCAGUUGGUGUAACUUCUGUGUCAUGGGCCCCCUCAAUGGCACCUGGUGCUCUUGUUGGUGCAGGGUUGCUUGAUCCUGUUCAGAAGCUUUGCUCUGGUGGUUGUGAUAAUACUGUGAAGGUAUGGAAGCUCAGCAAUGGACUCUGGAAGAUGGACUGCUUCCCUGCUCUUCAUAUGCAUACAGAUUGGGUUCGAGAUGUUGCUUGGGCACCCAAUUUGGGACUUCCUAAAUCUACUAUUUCUAGUGCAUCACAGGAUGGUAAAGUGAUUAUAUGGACUGUGGCCAAAGAGGGGGAUCAGUGGGAAGGCAAGGUUUUGAAUGAUUUCAAUACCCCUGUUUGGAGGGUCUCAUGGUCAUUGACUGGAAACAUACUGGCUGUGGCGGAUGGUAACAACAAUGUGACAUUAUGGAAGGAAGCAGUAGAUGGGGAGUGGCAACAGGUGACAACAGUGGAACCAUAGAAUAUGAUUUUCAGUUCUUGCUUAUUAAUUUGAAAUUAUGGUUAGAAUUUUCAUUUUGAAAUAUAGUUGACACCUUGUUUCUUUGCAUAUUAUACAGUUGAUUAAUUGUGCUUCAUAAUGCAUUAGUUCCUUGAAGCUUGUGAUCCAUUGAACAUUCUGUGCUUGCAAGAAUGAUGUUGAAUA